AAAAUAUACUCUGAAGCUGCACUCUAGCGUGCCUAGACAUUAGAAGCGUGAGCGAUUAACCUGCAAGGCUAGUAGGCUAGUAUAUAAUUGUCAGAGAACUGAUUUUUCUCCUCUGCUUGUCAUCUAAUCUAUAAGUUUUCAGGAAAUGCAACUGCUGCUUCAGUUACUACCCUCUUAAGGCAUCAAAUGGUCAGAUCUUGUUAAUGUUUUUUUAAAACAAAACUGCCAUGAAGCUUCUCUGGAUCGUUGACUGAUCGAGUUGGGCAAAGUCUCAACAAGAUCAUUGUUGGAGCUGACCUGACGCCCUUCUUGAAAGCAGAGCUUGCGGCCCGUCAGGAUUCAGGAGCUGCCGGUUCUGAGAACUGGCCGACCGCUUCUGGUUCGUUCAAAGUGGAGGGGUUCAAAACGAGCCAAUGAACAUAUGCAACGUGAUUUGUGAGUGGUAAUCAUUCAUGUCUCAGUAUUUUACUGCCUCAUGAUUGUUCCCGAGGAUAUGAUUUGUUACAUGAUAGGUGCGUGUUACUGUCAACUGUCAUAUAUACUAGUCAAAUUUUUAACUUUGUUGGAUCACUAUUUCUCUCAUCCAGACUGUUCUUUUUUAUCAGGUGGAAGAACACUCCCUAUAACUGAUACAAGAAGGCACUAGUGUCACGGAAUGACAUGUAUAAUAUAUCUUCUCUAAUUCAUUUAGUCGAUCUAGCAGGCACAACACAUAAGAGAAAAGAUGGGGGAGAUCUCGCAUAUAUGACGACUUCAUUAUAUCUAUUUGAGAGUAGAAAACAAUUGUAACCUUCAAAGAAAUCAGAAUUCAGAAGUCACAACUCACCACAUUGCCAUGCCAUCUUGUAGGCGGAACAUGUCCAUCUGUUGUGUCGCCUAUACCAGAGUUUAACCCAAGUCCACUAGGCCAUGAACCACAAAGGCAGCCAAUCAAAGGUCAAAUAUACAGCCUCCCCCACAUGGCCUGCAAAAGAGUGCAACUACACAAAUAAUUCAGUGCUUUUCUAAUCCCUCUCUUGAUGAUGUGUUCUAGCUUCUUUAUCUUACUUUAAGUUCAUGAUCAGGCAGACAAGACCUGGUGCUGCUAUGUGCUAGCUAGUGCCCCUCUGAUCCCAGAAAGCCACUACUGUUAACACACUCGGUCACAGCCUCAUAGUGCUUCAUAACCUUCGCGCCUUUCCACUGGCUCCCUGACUGCUGUGUAUGUGAUGGUGACACUCAUGGCAAAGCAAAAACUAUGUAAAUUCACACCACAUGUAACUGUUACCUGCGAUCUUGCAGUCUAUAUAUACCACUCCAGGUUCAACACAGCAGAAACUUACUCUUACAUUGUUGCAGAGUUACUCUUACACAAGAGAACACAAGCCUGUGAGUGUGACUUCACCUAGGAAGAAAGAGUUCGCAUCAGAAAAUCACAAGUGAAGCAAACAUGCAAGAAGGAGGGUACAUGUACUCGAGGAGGGCGAUGCUGCUGGCUCCGCUGCACAGCUACAGGGAGAAUGCUGCCGCGAGCCAGGUGGUGGACGGGCAGGAAGCUCCGGCGGCCGACGCUGUCAGCGGCGGCGCCGGGAGCAGCUUCGACGCGAACGUGGUCUUGAUCCUGGCCGUGCUCCUGUGCGCGCUCCUGUGCGCGCUGGCGCUAAACUCCAUCGUGCGGUGCGCGCUCCGGUGCUCCAACCGGAUGUCGCCCGGCGCCGGUGGAGAGCAGCAGUCAGCGGAGCUGGGGCUGUCGGUGGCGCGGAUGGCGCAGGCCGGGGCGAGGCGGAAGGCGCUGCGCGCGAUGCCGACGAUGGUGUACUCGGAGGGGCUGCCGCUGCAGGCAGCCGGCGGCGGGCCCGUGUGUGCCAUCUGCCUGGCUGACCUGGUGCCCGGGGAGCGCGUCCGGGUGCUGCCCAAGUGCAACCACGGCUUCCACGUACGAUGUGUCGACCGCUGGCUGCUGGCGCGGUCAACGUGCCCGACGUGCAGGCAGUCGCUGUUCGGCGCGCCGCAGAAGGGCUCCGGCUGCGCCCACGCCCACGCCGGCACCGAGCCGCCGGUGCGGGCGUUCCUCGUGCCCCUCCGGCCAGAAGGUCUCAUCACGCCGUAUGAUUUUUAGACUAGAUCUUAAAAACAAAAGGCCAAUCGAUCACUGAAUUGUAGAUUGUGUUGUGCACUUUAAAUUGUACAGAAGUAGUAGCUUUGUGUUUAUCAUCGAGGUGAAUCUGAAAAUUAGAUGGAUACUAUCGUAAAAAUGUUUAUAUUAAAAAAUACCAUUAGUUGUAAGGAUGAUAUAUGAGCACAUGAUCCACAUGUCAUCCUUACACCAGUAUUAUUUUCCAACUUUUACAAUUUUUAUGAUGUUACUCAGCAAAUUGCCUCUAAAAACAAAAUACUACAUGUGGUUUAUAUAAAAAAAAAUGCAAGUUGAUGCACAUGAACUACACCGCUACACUGAUAUGCACACGACAUGCCAAUCAAACCUAGUGCCAAAAUUGUGGAGGCUCAUGAUAGUAAAUACAUGACCUCAUGGAGGAGGGUCAUGCGCUAUCCUUAUGAGAUGCAUGUAUAACAGCGGACAAUCAAUACUUAAUCCUUGACGGUUGAGGUUGUACACUCACAACUCCACUACAUGUAGUAAGGUUAUCCGCAUACCGUCUUUUGGAGAUAAUGAUUAUGAAU